AUGAUGGCGAGCAUGAUGUCGGCAGGUGGUACCGCUGCUGGUGGUAGUGCUGCUGCUCUAAAAGGUGCCGCUGGAAUCGUUUGGUUCAAAUACUCUGACCUACGUCUGGAAGAUCACGAGCCUCUAGCCCUGGCUCAUCGAGAAAGCGCGCAAGUAGCGCACGUUUUCUGCAUCGACGAUCGAUGGUUUGGGCAGACCAGGCGUGGGACAAGCAAGAUGUCCGCAGCCCGCUGCCGCUUCCUCCUCGAGAGCGUCGCCGACCUGCGGGCCCGCCUCAGGGAGAGAGGGUCCGAUCUGCUGGUGCGACGGGGACACCCUGAAGAUGUCAUCCCCGCGCUGGCCGCGAGGCUGGGGGGCGGUUCGGUGGCAGGGGUUACUCUCUUCGCGCACACCGACGUCUGUUCCGAGGAGGCGGACGUGCACGCGGCGGUCAAGUCGGCGCUGGCGGCAGCGUCGUCUGCCGGUAGAGGCGGUGGCGCCGCUGUUGCGGUGAAGGAGGCGUGGGGCAACACCUUGCACGACGUGGCCGACCUGCCGUUCGACUUUCCGAGCGGCGUCCCGGAAAUUUUCACGCAGUUCCGCAAGUCGGUGGAGUCGAAGUACUCGUGCAAGAUGCGACCACCGGUGCCCCUGCCAAGCCCUUUCCGCCCCGUGCCCACCGGCACCACCCAAGACGACGGCGAAGCGUCAGCGCCCGGCGCGAUCCCCACGACGGAAGAGCUGGGCCUCGGCACGGCGCCCGAGCGAGACGCCAGGUCGGUGUUUCCCUUCAACGGGGGCGAGACGGCGGGGCUCAGGCGCGUCCAAAGUUACAUCUGGGAUGAGGACCGCCUGCGCGAGUACAAGGUGACCCGCAACGGCCUGCUUGGGAGCGGCUUCUCGUCCAAGUUCUCGCCGUGGCUGGCGCUUGGGUGCCUCUCCCCCAGGACGAUCGUCAAGGAGAUCAGGAAGUACGAGACGGACCGAAUCGCGAACGACUCUACCUACUGGCUCAUAUUCGAGCUCCUGUGGCGAGACUUCUUCCGGUACAGCGCGGUCAAGAACGGCAAUUCCAUCUUCCACCUGGGCGGCCCGCGGCGAGAUACCGGGAGGCAGAGAUGGCUCGACGACGCCGGCUCCCUAGAGGCGUGGAAGGAGGGGGAGACCGGAUAUCCGUUAAUCGACGCCAACAUGCGGGAGCUCAAGGCCUCCGGGUUCAUGUCCAACAGGGGGCGGCAGGUGGUGGCGAGCUUCUUCACGAGAGACUUGCAGAUGGACUGGAGGCUAGGGGCCGAGCACUUCGAGGAGUACCUCUUGGACCACGACCCGGCAUCCAACUGGGGAAACUGGAACUACGUGGCCGGCGUAGGCAGCGACCCUCGAGAGGGCCGCUAUUUCAACAUCGAAAAACAGGCUAAGACGUACGAUGCAGAGGGCGCGUACAUGCGUCACUGGCUACCGGAACUGGCCGCACUCCCAACCACAGCCCUCCAGACUCCGGGCGGAAUAACAACGAUGCUGCGGCACAUGCACGCCAUCCCGACUAGCGUGUAUCCGGACCCCAUCGCCCCUCUCAAGUUUUCCAAAGCAGGCGGUGGAAGGGGCGGUGGUCGGGGGGGAGACGGUGGGCGGGGUGGCCGCGGAGGGGGAGGCAGAGGUGGAGGGGGGAAAAGGGGCGGCGGCGGGAAAGGGGGGAAUUCCGGCAGGAAGUUUAAGGCGUCCCGCUUGCAGACCUGA